UUCACGCAAUUGAUUUCAGAUCAAAAAGCUUCUAUUCAUUCACAUUUUAUUUUCUUUUGAAUUUGCGCAUUACCGGAUUGUUUUUCUCAUUUAUCGAAGAUUAAAACAGUGAUUUAACACCGAGUUCCUUUUUAAGACUGCGGAGCUAUUCCACUAAUGGACAAUAUAGUUGCUAAAAUUCUCCCGCCUUCCUUGCCCAGUUUACAAGGGAGAAGGGCUUUUCAGGCGCCCAAAAAAGAAUCCUUGUCUCUAAAUAGCUUCGUUUUCACUGUCUGCCAGAUUAAAGGAGAGCAGCACCUGAUGUUGGGUAGAGUAAAGGAUAUUCUGGCUGAAAAAGUGGACGUAUGGCUGUUCUACCCCUCUCAGGACUGUCCUUGGACCUACUUGAAGCCCUUAGAAGACGACAUUGUCAGACUAUCGACGCGACAGUUAAUCUGUGUGAUUGAAAAGGGAUUCGUGGUAGAGCGACAGAGAAGAAUAACUGUGAAUGAGAAUGUGUACAAUGCGGCCCUAGUCUUCAUCAGUCCAGAUAUGAACUUAAUUGCAAACAAAAGCAGUUCAAUUGCAUCUUAUGAAGAUGUUGUUGCUACCGCUGAACAAUCUAUCGAGAACCACAAUAACUUAUGAACACAUUUCUUGAAUAAGCUCUUGUAUCAUUAACGAAUCUACCGCAAAAACUUUUUUUUGUUGACAACAUGAGAGCAGUGUGU